UGCGUCAAAGCCACAGAGCAAAGUCCACUGCCAACAACAACAGCAGCAACAACAACAACAGCAACACAGAGCCUUGAGGAGGGGGCAACGCCCACAAUAACAACACACAGCAUGACAACGAAGCGAAAAGAGACAACAACGAUGGCGACAACGACAACGAUGACGAUGACGAUGACGAUGACGAUGACACUGAUGAUGAAGGCGCUGCUGGUAUUGUUGACAUGGUCUGUGGACACGGCCAGCUGCUCGCCCUCGUCGCUGUACACGAGCUAUCAAAACCAGAGAUUUGCAAUGGAGCCACAAGACCAGACUGCUGUGGUCGGUGCCCGUGUGACACUCCCCUGUCGCGUCAUCAACAAACAGGGCACUCUGCAAUGGACCAAGGAUGACUUUGGGCUCGGCACAUCCCGGGAUCUGAGUGGUUUCGAACGCUAUGCGAUGGUCGGCAGCGAUGAGGAAGGCGACUAUUCGUUGGACAUUUAUCCGGUGAUGCUCGACGAUGAUGCGAAAUAUCAAUGCCAGGUUAGUCCUGGCCCGGAAGGCCAACCGGCCAUACGCUCCACAUUCGCUGGGCUCACAGUUCUGGUGCCGCCAGAGGCACCGAAAAUCACACAGGGCGAUGUCAUAUAUGCCACCGAGGAUCGCAAGGUGGAGAUUGAGUGCGUUUCGAUUGGCGGCAAACCCGCAGCCGAGAUUACAUGGAUUGAUGGCCUAGGCAACGUUCUAACGGAUAACAUUGAGUACACAGUCAUACCGCUGCCCGAUCUGCGACGCUAUACGGCCAAAUCGCUGCUGCGGCUCACGCCCAAAAAGGAGCACCACAACACGAACUUUACGUGCCAGGCACAGAACACGGCCGACCGCACCUAUCGCUCUGCCAAAAUACGUGUCGAGGUUAAAUAUGCGCCCAAAGUCAAGGUGAAUGUCAUUGGGACAACGGCAAGCGGAAGCGGUCAUGGCAAUGCCAAUGGCAAUGGCGUUGGCAAUGGGAAUGGGAAUGGGAAUGGGAAUGGACUCACUCACCCGUUGGGAACUGGCGUCGUUCAGCGUAUUGUGGAGCAUGCACAGGUGCGACUUGAGUGCCGGGCCGAUGCCAAUCCGAGCGAUGUUCGUUAUCGUUGGUACAUCAACGACGAGCCAAUUAUAAACGGUCAAAAAACUGAGAUGGUCAUACGCAAUGUAACGCGCAAAUUCCAUGAUGCAAUUGUCAAAUGCGAAGUGCAGAAUUCAGUGGGCAAGAGCGAGGAUAGCGAAACACUGGACAUUAGCUAUGCGCCCAGUUUCAAGCAGCGUCCGCAAUCCAUGGAGGCCGAUGUGGGCAGCGUUGUCUCCUUGAACUGUGAGGUGGACAGCAAUCCCCAGCCGGAGAUUGUGUGGAUACAACAUCCCAGCGAUCGAGUGGUCGGCACCAGCUCCAAUCUGACCUUCAGCGUGAGCAACGAGACAGCCGGACGUUAUUACUGCAAGGCCAAUGUGCCCGGCUAUGCCGAGAUCUCAGCGGAUGCCUAUGUCUACCUCAAGGGUUCACCGAGCAUCAGUUCACAGCGUACACAAUACGGUUUGAUUGGGGAUACGGCGCGUAUCGAUUGCAUUGCCAGCAGUGUGCCGCGUGCCCGCCAUGUCUCGUGGACGUUCAAUGGCCAGGAGAUUAGCUCGGAGUCGGGACAUGACUAUUCGAUACUGGUGGAUGCGGUGCCGGGCGGUGUGAAGAGCACCCUGAUCAUACGCGACAGUCAGGCGUAUCACUAUGGCAAAUACAAUUGCACCGUGGUCAAUGACUAUGGCAACGAUGUGGCCGAGAUACAACUGCAGGCAAAGAAGAGCGUUUCGCUGUUGAUGACCAUUGUGGGCGGUAUUUCGGCGGUGGCCAUUCUCAUGGUGUUGACCAUCAUCAUACUGAUCUAUUUCAAGUGCAAGAAACGCACCAAGCUGCCGCCAGCCGAUGUCAUUAGCGAGCAUCAGAUCACCAAGAACGGCGGCGUCAGUUGCAAACUCGAGGCGGGCGAUCGCACCUCCAACUACAGUGAUCUCAAGGUGGACAUCUCGGGGGGUUAUGUGCCCUAUGGCGACUACAGUACACACUACAGUCCACCGCCACAGUACUUGACCUCUUGCUCGACCAAAUCCAAUGGCAGCUCCACCAUACUGCAGAACAAUCAUCAGAAUCAGCUGCAAUUGCAACAGCAGCAACAACAUCACCAGCAACAGCAGCAGCAGCAGCAACAACAGCAGCAGCAGCAACAACAGUCGACAGUGCAGAGUGUGCCGAUGACUUUUCUGACCAACAGCAGCGGAGGAAGUUUGACCGGCAGCAUUAUCGGGGCAAGGGAGAUACGACAGGAGAACGGACUGCCCAGUCUGCAGUCGACAACGGCAUCGGUGGUGAGUUCGUCGCCAAAUGGCAGCUGCAGCAAUCAGAGCACGGCAACAACCACCCAUGUGGUUGUGCCCAGCUCGAUGGCCUUGAGUGUGGAUCCGCGUUACAGCGCCAUCUAUGGCAAUCCUUACUUGCGCACAUCGAACUCAUCGCUGCUGCCACCGCCAACGGCGGUUUAAGUGGAGGUGAGAUGGUAUGACGUUUGUUAGGUCGUCGCUGCAGACGCAACUGCAACUGCAACUGCAACUUCCCUUAAAAAGCCAAACUCUCCAGCCAGCACACUCGUAAGACUGAUCUCAAAGGCAACAACAACAACAACAAACAAAAAUAAGAGAAAAUACAACUAAAUAAAUAAAGCAUAUUCAAGUGGGCGCCACAGCCACAGUCGUUGGGCGCCAAAAGUACCGUUGCAUGGUGAGGCGAGCAAGAAGGAAGAGGAAGAGCAGGCGGUAAGUGCUGAGGCAAGGCAAAACCUAGCAAACGAUGAUUUUUUUAGCAACCAAAAAUUCGCAUUAGCUUAGAACGGAGAAGUGAAAACCGAAAAGUGGAAGUGGAAGAGGAAGAGGAAGAGGAAAAGGAAUAGGAAGAAGAAGAAGAGAGCUCAUGCCAGGUCUGAUUAGGCAGCACAUACACGUUAACUAGGCUAACCACUAAUUGUAGUACAGAUAGCUACACUGACUACACACAUACAUUACAUACAUACAUACAUAUACUUAGUAUUUCACAUUAUAAUAUUACGUAUUUUAAUUGGAUUUUUUUUUUUUUUUUUUUUUUUGUGGUGUUUCAUCGUCAGUUGCGCAAGUUGCUGCGACUGCUUUAGCUUUAGCGUGACAAAUUCAAUUUUUUUCGCUAGCACGUAAGGUUAAUAGACUAUUAAGCUAGGAUGUUGCGCAUUUACAAGUCCUUAGAAACUUGCUGCAUGUUAAGAAAACAAAAGAAAACAACAAAACAAAAACAAAAAAAGAAAAGCCUUACAAAGAUUAUUUAUUACGAAAACCGACAUAAAAAAAUACAAACACCAAUUGAUAGACAAGUUAAUUACAAUUAAAUAAAAAUAUACAAUGGAAAAAAAGAAAAUGAAACUUUUGCGUAGCCUGAUUGUUCGCUUUGUGCACACAAAAAUACAUUAUCAACUUAACUUUCAACUGUUGAGAGCAUAUCUUAAAGCGUUUACAACUAGAUUAAACAUAUCUCUCCCCCUAAACAAAAUGAAACAGAUUAUCAUCUAACUCUAGCUCCCUCUCUCUCACAAUGAAGCAGCAAAAGGUGCGCAAAAAGCAAAAAAUACAAAAAAAAAAAAUUAUUUAUAGAUUUAAAAAUAUUGAAAAAAAUCAAGAUAUUUAUUAAAUGUGCUUGCAAAAAAAAAAAAACAAAACGUAUGUGCAUAUUGUAUGUGCAUUGCUUAAGAAAAUUAUGCCAAAGUACCUGAUAGUAUUUAAGCCGAAGAAUGUUCUUCUUCAAUACAUAUAUAUAAUUUUUUUCAUCAUCGUCGUAGCUUAAGUGGUUUUUUUUUGUUCUCUAGAGUGUAGACAAAAUGGAAGCGUAUUUCAAUACUCGAUUGUCGUAGCUAAAAAAUACUUAAAACUCCUUUUUAACAGUCGCCUUAACUUAUGACACGCCCACAUUUAAAGCUCAGCAAAACAAAGAGAAAAAUGAAAAAGUUUACAUCGAAAUUAUCGAUUGAGAAUGCAUUAAAUAAAUACAACAACUCAUAAGUUCAAUUGUGCUAAGUGUACUUCUAAGUGUAUAACGAUAAUUAAUAUACAUUUAUCCUAGCUGUAGUACGCCAUUAACAUACAUAGAGUAUAUAGUCUAUAGUUAUAUAUACAUAUUAUAUAUAUAUACAAUUAGAAUAGUAAUUUUUUUUUGUCGUCUAACUGAUAAUAUAGAAUCCCUUCGUCGUUAGCUAUAUAUAUUUUGAUAUAUGAAUCAAGCGCAUUUCAUAACAAAAACAGAAAAAAAAAAAGAAAAAAACGGAAGAAAAAAAAAACACAUCACUUCAUUUUAAUGUUUAUUGUUUCAAUUUUCAUUGUGCAUUUUUGUCUGUGCGCCUAUUUAGCAAUUAAGCGACGUGAAUUGCAUUAAAAUUGCUACAUUUUUAGCUGUCGAUAUUUUUUGUCAGUAAUUAAGCGAAAUGAACAAAUGUUUUAUGUAUACAAAAAAAAAAACGAAAACAAAAAGAAACAA